AUGGCCACGAUUCGAGGCGUUGAUAUCACCACCUAUGAUGGCCUGAACUUGAAAGGAACCUUUUACAGUGUUGGGCCUAAGAGACCUUGCAUUAUCAUGACUCAUGGGUUCUCUGGCCACCGAGAGCAUUUCCUGCCCGAACUUGCUGCCAAGUUCAACGACGCUGGCUAUGGAGCGUUGGUUUACGAUAAUCGAUGCUGGGGCGAAAGUGAAGGCCUUCCUCGGUGUGAAGCCGAUCCCGCGAAGCAGUCACGAGAUUAUCUCGACGCAUUCAACUUCGCUGCAGCACUUCCAGAUGUCGACCCAACCAAGAUCGUGUACUGGGGAUCCAGCUUGUCCGGAGGCAACGCCAUUUGCGCAGCUUCCAUGAACAAAAGCCUGGCAGGCAUUAUAUCACAAGUCCCAUUCGUAUCCGGCGGUUCCAUGGCUUGUAUCACCGGAGCGCCAAAGUCUGUUCUGGUUUCUCACCGCACUCCCAAGCCAGAGAUUCAGAUCCCGAUCUAUCCCAACUCUGUCGAGGAGGUGCAAGAUGGUACCACCAAGGCUAUUCUGAAAGAUGCUGGAGCCGUCGAGUUCGCAGAGGAAAUGGCCCGACGAGGCUAUAGCUACGACAAGACGGCGACUCUUCAGAGUAUGGUCAACACGAUCAUGCAUGAGCCAACAGGAGUUAUCCAUCAUAUCUCGCCAACACCACUGCUCAUGAUUGUGGCGGAUGACGACGUGUGCACUUAUACGCAUUUGCAGCUGGAGGCCUUUGAGAAAGCAUUGCAUCCCAAGACCCUCAAAGUUAUCAAGGGAACUGGGCAUUUUGGUCUGUACUAUGGCAAGAGGUUUCAGGAAGUUGUUGAUGUUCAGCUCGAGUUUUUAAAGAGCAUCUUCUAG